AUGAAAACUUCAAUAUUUUCUCUGUUACAGUGUGGAUCUUGGGCGUUCCAAUCCAACAUUGUCAAUCUAAUCGCACAUCGAGAAGACAUUGCUCUCGAAGAUUUUUUCGACAAUCAAGAAUGGCUUCUCGACAAAGCAAUCUUGACAAAUGGAACAACUCGAAACAUCGAAGAUCGAAAUGAAUCAUUCAGUAUGGUUGUAAUGGAACUCAGCCUCAAACGGCAAAGUUUUUAUUAUGUUUUCAAUUUGGUUUUUCCAACCACUUUGGUACAUUUUUUCUUUUUUUUUCUGUAUGAGAAGUAUUCAGUUAUUUUUUUUCUCAGGUAUCAUUGGUUGCGGUGGUUGGAUUUCAUGCUCCGAUAAAUGCAACCGGAAGAAGAGAGAGCAAGUUCCGAUUGGGUUUGUUCUCUGUUCUGAAAAAAAAUAAUUAUAUGUUUUUUUUAGGAAUAAUGACACUUCUUUCAAUGAGUGUUAUGCUUCUAAUGCUUGUUGGAGAAAUGAAAUUCGCGAUGGAAAGUGUGCCUGGACAACGUGGAUCUUUUAGCGAUGUUCCUUUAAUGGGUAUUUAUUAUAUUGCAUUGAUUUGUAUUGUUAGUAUUGCCACGUGUACGUCGAGUAUUUUUGUGCAUUUGGAGAAGUAUGCGUUGAGAAAUCCGAGUUGGCAGGUGAGCGAAAAAAAAGUUUUCCGCGCGCUUUUUGAAUAUGACAAUUUUGACGAAUAAAAAAAACAGCAGCCAUGGCCGAGUGGUAUACACGUCUGCCGAGCUUUUGUAAAACCAGGGUUCGACCCCACCCGCCACCCAACUUUUUUUUUCUUUUUUUUUUGAGAUUUUCAUCGCAAAAAUCAUAUUUCAGAGUGUUCCUUGGUGGAUUCGUUGGCUUGCCGCCAAAAAGUUAUUCUGCUGCUAUGUGCCAAAAGCUUUUCGAUAUGAUAAAGAUGGAUGUAGUCGCAACAAUAAUAAUAUCACAUCAGUUUCGCUAACUUCGAGUCCAGAUCGGAAUUUGAUGAAAAAUUUGAUCCCGAAGGAGGUAACAUCUUAAAUUUAAAGAAAAAAAAACAAAAAUAUGUAUUUCUUAAGAUAAAUUUCACUGAAGUCAAUCAAGAUGCUCCACUUCAUGAUAUUAUUGAUCCAAAUUUGACGAUGAGAGAACAGAAAAUUGAUUUGGUUGUAAAUCUUUUGCGAGAAAUCAUAGCGAUUAAGGAGAAAAUCACACACGCUGGACAAUUGACUGGAUAUUGGGAGAGAAUUAUUUCAAGAUCUGAAAAAGCUUCACUCGGAUUUUAUCUCUUCUUGAUAACAAUUAAUGUUCUAAUGUUCCUUAAUCCUGAACUUUGGUACUAA